UCCUCCUCUCCUCGCCCAUCUGCCGUUGCCUUUCGCCGCCGUCGCCACCUGUCCUUCAUCCCUUCUCUCCCACGCCCGUCCUUCCCCGUCAUCUCCUCCUCCUUCCUUCUCUGUGCUCCUCCUCCUAGCCUUGCCCCUGCCAUCUCCUCCGUUCUCUCCUACUCCCCUCACGUUCAUCUCCACCAGCGAUAACACCUUCGAUCGGAGCAAGGCACGGAAACGGAUGAGGCGACGAUGACGAAGAAGGGGUAAUUUUGGAUAUGUCGAGUUUAUGGGUAUCGUUUAGGAAAAGAAAAACCAAAAGAGGAUACUGUUUAGAAAAAAAAAUAUAUUUCUCUAGAAAAAUCGUCUAAGAUUUUAUGAAGUAAUGGAUGUGGGAAAGUGAAUGAUCUUCGACGGAAAUUUGGAAGGUCUCCUUUUUAUGAUACGAUCGGAGGACGCGAUUCGGAAACACUCGAAACGGCACGUGAGAAAAUCAUCAAAUAAAUUUCCGUUCGCCAUUCGCAUGUCAAACUCUCCGACCGCCCCUUGUCUCGUCGCUGUCGUCAAGAAAGAACGAUGGCGUCUCCGAUCUCCUCCGCAAUCUUCUUCUUCUUCUUCUCCUCCUUCUCCUUCGCCUUUGCUCUCUCAUGGUCGUCCUCAAUCGAGGUGGACAGCAAGGUUGUCGGAGGGGAGGGGGCAGAACCGGUGGCGAGGGAGUCGUUUCCAAUCGACGGCGACGUCGCCUGGGUCGUCCAAGUUUCCGACCUCCACCUUAGCUCCUACCAUCCCGACCGCGCCGACGACCUCGUUCGCCUCCUCGCCCCAGCUCUUCGCGCCAUCCGGCCCUCGCUCCUCCUCAUCACCGGCGACAUCACUGUAAGACUUUUUCUUCAUUUUCUGCAAUCAGAUGCCAAAAACAAAAGACGAACAAGCACAAGGCAAGAUAUAUCAGAAUGGAUCCAAUACAGUAACAGCAUGGACGCAAUUGUCAAAUAUAGUGGCAUAGACAAGAGAAGAAUAUUUGAUAUAAGAGGCAAUCAUGACAAAUAUGGAGUUCCAUAUGUUGGUCAUGAAUUGGAUUUUUUCUCAACUUACAGUGUUAGUUCGCAGCUAAGAAGGCCGAGUACUGUUCAGAGUAUCUCUCUUGUGGGUGAUGAUAGAAAGUACAUCUUCAUUGGUAUAGAUGACACACUUAGCAUUGGAAUUCGUGGUCCAUCAAAUUUAUUUGGUCAUCCAACUGAGAAGAGAAUGGCUGUUGUGGAGUCUGAACUGCAAUAUUGGGAUGUUUAUCCCAGUGAUUCAGUAACAAAAAUAUUAUUUGGGCACUUUCCAAUGUCUUUUACAGCUUCAUCUGAAAAAGGACAGCGUUAUGAAAGUUUAUUUGCAAGGCAAUCAGUUUCCUCAUACAUUUGUGGCCACCUGCAUGGAAAUUUCAGCAGACAACUUUGGAGACUCCAUCCGUCAAAAUUGUCAUCUGAUGUUUUAGUUCCAAGAAAGGCUAAAGGCUUUUGGGAAUGGGAACUUGGAGAUUGGAAAGAGUCCAGAUUGAUCAGAAUUUUGUCCAUUGAUGGAGGGGUGGUCUCUUUCCAUGAUAUCGAGCUUCUGAGAAAACAUGAUGUCCGGGAUGAAUUCCAAACAACUAUUGUCAUAACAUAUCCUGCUGACUCAAGAAACAUGAACAAUAUGGAGCAAAAUAAUCAGUCUUUUAGGAAUGAUAUCAAUGCUCUUGUCUUUUCUACUCAGCAAAUAAUUAAUGUGACUGCUAAGGUUUUUGACUCAUUCAGGGAGUACAAAAUAAUGGAAGAAGUGCCGCUGCAGCUUAUUAGUGCAGUUGACAAGCCCCUCUUUCAUGGAAAAUGGAACGCUGAAAGUUAUCGGAGCGCAUCAGCAACACGUUACCUUUUGCAGGUGUCUGUGGUGGACUCUCAGGGCAAGGAGACUAAAAGCAGUCUCCGACCAUUUUCUGUCGAAGGUAAACUGGCACAUUAUGCAAGUACUUGGCUGGCUUAUUUAGUUUUCCAAGUUGAGUGGCAGAGUCUAUAUAUGGUUCUUUUGUGGAGCAACUUCUCCUUUCUUGUUGUAUUUUUGUGCCUUCCAAAAGUACUAAAUUAUCUUAUGGAGAGAAAUGCAUCAUAUCAGAAGUGGGCUACGUCUCACGUCAUUUCCUCGCCUAUCAAGCGGAGGAAGAGCCUAUUUGUGUUAUUUUGGUUCUUGAUGGAGGGUUCAAGGAAUAGAAUUUUGUGGUUUUCCAUGGUGAUGUAUCUUCUUUGCCUGCUCAAGUUACCAUGGUUCUGGGGUUAUGCAACAUCCGAGAAUGAGAACAUUUCUGCUAUGUAUUUGUCUGGCUGGAGGGUGCAGUCUCCGGAUAGUCAUGCAAUUUUAGACAAGCUGGGCAGCCCUGAUCUGAUGGUUAUCACAUUGCCUUUCAUGUAUUUGGUGGUCACACCUAUGUUUCUUCUCAUUUAUAGUCUCUUUGCAGAAAGAUCAUCAUUUUAUUUACAGUUCUGUAGGAAACUGAGGCACCAGAAUGGGCCAGUGGCUUCUAAUAUUGAAUUAGAACAGGUGACUCAAUUUGUUCCACCGAAUUUGACGAGGGGCAUAAGUACAUCUUCAACAUGCAAGUUUUGUCAGGGUUGGACCAGAGGGUCUCUUCUGUUGGGGUGUUUAAUCAUUACUCUUGUUCAUUUCAAGAUAUGUUUGGCCCUCAUGCUUGCUUAUGGAGUAGGACCUGUUUCCUUAUCACCUGGCUUGUCAUGGGCACCACCUUUAUUUUUGGUGGCAACCAUAUAUUCUACGAGUGCCAACAUGAAUACCGAACAAAGAUGAGAACCAAGAAGGGAUGAGUCUACAUGUAAAUAAAUUGGAUAGUAAAUCAUUCUAUGAUUUACAUCUCGGCCUUGAAUAGCUUUGGUGAGUGCAUCACAGGACAGCCCGAUUGGUUCCACCUGUGGACAUGAUAUUGUAGAAGACGUUGUCCGUUUGGUACUUGGUGCAAUGCUAAGACUUCGCUUAAGGCUA